AACAUUAUAACACACACUACACAACAAAGAAACAAAGGUAACAAAAUAUUUUAAGGAAAAAAUGUCGUGGCAAACUUACGUUGAUGAACAUUUGAUGUGUGAUAUUGAUGGUACCGGACACCAUCUCACUGCAGCUGCCAUCAUUGGCCAUGAUGGCUCUGUUUGGGCUCAGAGCUCUUCCUUCCCAGCGAUUAAGCCUCAAGAGAACAGUGAUAUCAUGAAAGAUUUCGACGAACCGGGCCAUCUUGCUCCUACAGGCUUGCACCUUGCUGGAGUCAAAUACAUGGUUAUUCAAGGAGAGUCUGGAGCUGUCAUUCGCGGAAAGAAGGGAUCCGGAGGCAUCACCAUAAAGAAGACCGGUCAAGCUUUAGUUUUUGGUGUUUAUGAGGAACCUGUAACUCCUGGACAAUGCAACAUGGUUGUUGAGAGGUUGGGAGAUUACCUCAUUGAUCAGGGUCUGUAGGCAUAUACCCUACGAUGAUGAUUUCAUCAUGUUUUUCUUAAUUGGAUACUAUAAUUUAUUUUUCUAUCUUUUCAUUUUUUUGGUAUGUAAUUACCACAUUGCAACCCUAAAUUAGGAGUUGUUGCGGAUAAUAACAAUUUGAGACUUAAACAAU